AUGAACAAGCAUAUUGCUUAUAAUUUUGUGUUAAUAUUUAUAAUAAUAAAAUGUGUUGAAUCUCAAGACAAUAAUCCUGAUCAACCAUCUGAAGAAGAAGAAGAGUAUAAUUUUGAUGUUUUAGAUCUGGAUAAAAUCAUUCAGGACCGAAUUAGUCGUUUUGAUGAUCCUCAAUAUCAACAUUAUGAUUAUUACCAACCUGAAUUACAAGGACAUCCACCCCAACCUCAGACUCAACCCCAACAACAUCCAGGAUAUCAACCUGAAUCACAAGGAUAUCAACCACAAACUCAGCCCCAACCAGAAUAUCAGUAUUAUCAACCCGAACAAUAUGAUUUUUAUCAACCUGAGACAUUACAAUAUCAACCUGAAUCAUAUGGUUAUGAACCUGAACAAUUUGAUCAAUAUCAACAAGAAGCAUAUGGGUAUUAUGAACCUCCAACUACUCAACCUAGUCAACAACCACAACAGUAUUAUCAAUCUACUACUACUCAACCUUAUCAACAACCAAGUUAUCCGUAUUACGGACCUCCAGUACCACCUCAACCACAACCAGCCCAACCAAGUUAUCCGUAUUAUUUACCACCUCCUACUCAACCAACUUAUCAACAACAACCACAGUAUCAGUAUUAUCAACCUACUACUACUCAAACACCUACUCAACCAGAAGUAACUCAUUCACCUCAACCUCAAUCAGAAACUGUAGAAGACGAUGAUGAUUUCUAUGUGACAGAACAUGAUCAACAAAUACAGGAACCUGUACCUGUACCUGAAACUGGUCAUGAAACUACUCAACAGUCAAUUAAGCCACAAAAGGAACCAAGAAAAAGAGCAACAAAGAGAAAAGAUCCUCGAACGCCAGAAAAACAAGAUGAGGAAGAACCUGUUAAGCUAAAAAAGCCUAGGCAAAUUAAAAAAUCUAAAAAACCCAAGUUCUAUAAGAGAAAUUAUCUGGGAAAGCUGGAAGAAAUGACUGAAGAAGACUAUGUCGUUAUAUUUAGUGAUAAAAAGAAAAAAGAAUAUGUAUUCAAUACAUAUCUUGAGCAGAUAGAAUUUGACAAUGAGCUUAUCUACGAACAUAUAAACGGAACAUCUUAUUGUUCAUUAUUAAGUCAGACUAAAGAAACUGAUGUUUUUAUCCUGACCAACAGUGAUGGAUUUACAUUAGUUAAAAGAAUUAAAGGGAUAUGGACAACAACUGAUCAUGUAACUCCGUACUAUGUUAAAUUAUUCACACAAGACGACGAAGGCAAUGAAGUUUUAAUAACUAGUGAUCAAUAUAUUAUUGAUCUCAAUUCGUUUGGGUCCUUUACAUACAAGUUCCAUCUAGGUGUAAAAUGCUAUAAAAUAGUAGUUAAGGAAAUAACUGCAUGGGAAAAAACUGAUGAGGAUGAUGAGAUUCCUGUGUUUAUAAAUGUAUCAUCAGAAUUAAAUGUUAUGGUUAAAUUUAAUAAAUAUACUAAGAUGUUCGAAAGAAGGACUAAGCACUAUAAAGUCAAAGAUAAUAGACUAAAUUUCAGAAAACCUAAAUAG